GACGGCGUCGGGCCUCGGCCGCGGCUCCGCUUCCUGCCGGUGCCAACGCCGCUACUGCCCGGGCGGAAACAGGCAAGGCGGCCCCGUCAGCCACGCGUGCCGCUACCCGCCCCCGCCCGCCACGCCGCGCGGAGGGGCUGUUUCCCGCCGGACGAGUUAUGCGGCGAACCGACCGCCUCCAUCGACGGGCCGGCGGUGCGGGGCAGUGCUAAGAAAGUAAUUUCCAAGCCAGUCGGACUAUGGCCUUUGAAAGGAUAACACAAAAGGACUGGUACCAAAUCCUGGGUGCAAAGCCAUCGGACAGUCCGGCAGAACUAAAACGGAAGUACCAAAAACUUGCUUUAUUAUAUCACCCAGACAAGCAGAAGGCAGAUGUGCCAGCAGGAGAAGUGGAGGAGCGCGUGCAGAGGUUCAUCGAAAUUGAUCAAGCGUGGAAAAUUCUAGGGAACGAAGAGACAAAAAAAGAGUAUGACCUGCAGCAGCGUGAAGAUAAUCUGACAAAAGAAUGGCCACUACACGCACAAAUAUAUCUUGAGGAUAUGUCCUGGAAUGAAGGUAUGAGUGCUCUGCAGCUUGUUCCCGGUGCCUUUCAAUGUCACUGCAAACGUCUUCUAUUUUUUCUGCAUCUUAUACCACUAUGUUGUCUUAUUGUAAGUUCUACUUUUUUUCAUAUUUGCCUCAGAUUUAGCUAUUCUGUUCCCUGUGAUUACCUGAAUUGGAACUUAACUUUCCGUCAUACUUAUUUUGCAUUCCUUCUUCAUCUCUUCCUCCUCCCCACCUCAGUUUGCAGUACCCCCUUUCAUCCUGCUCUCUUCCCGUAGCGUAAUUGAGUAUUUAGAUUUCCAGACUCUUCCCAAAUCUCUCAUGCAUCUUCUUGCUCUUUCUGUGAUGGUAGAAUGCAAAUGUUUUCAUAGAUUAUUUUUUUUUAUCUGUCAGCGUGUUACUUCUCUCCUUUAUAUUACUCUAGCUUUUAUCCAUUACUUGCUUUUUGAAUGAAUGGCUGAUGCUUUUACUAAUUUUUUUAAGCGGGAGAGGGGGGAAAUCCUAUCUACUUUCCUUUCUUCUGUAUCGUUUUUGUUUCCUGGGUUAGCAGUCUGUUUUGGAACUACCCUUGAUCUGUCGUAUGUAUGACUAACACUCCUCAGUUUUUUCUUUUAAUAUCUGUGUUUCACUGAGAGGCACCUUUUUAUUAUUUGCU